AAUAGUGAUACCUAAGGAUAUUCUCUUUAGAUGUAUGGAUUGUGAACUAAUGUGUUAUUACUUGUAUUAACUAUAAGAAAAUUCUCUCUGAAGAGGGGAAAUAAUAAAACAAUUUUAAAAACAUGAUCUUUGUCUUUUUUUAAUAAUUAUUUUACACCACUAUAAGGAAAACCCAAUAUGAAGUUUGUGUUAGGUUGUAUGGGUGUAAUAUUAUAAUUUUGCUGUAUCCAUAAAAGAUAGGUUUUCUUAAAAAUGUGUUCACUCCAUGACGGCUCCAGGGUGGCUGAUCAGAACAAAAGAAAAGCUGUAAACACUUAAAAUACUUAAACAACAGUCUGAGGGUAAAUUAAAAUAGUCAUUUACAAAAAACAUACAAGGCUUUUUCUGUCUACUGGAGAUCAAAUGCAGGCACUGUGUCUCACUCUGUGGGGGGCAGAAGACGCAUAGCUAAUCACCUGGAUAAAAGGACUCAUCGAUUGGUCAGUUUUUGGAGGCCAUGACCUGGCAUUGUUAUUUGGGGUUUUAUAAGGCGACAUGAUCUCUACAGUUGAAGAAACCAGAUGAUGAAUUAUCCUACCAUUCCAGCUCUGCGCUUUAUUGACCUGGAUGUCAUCACAAAACAAUGUGUAGAGAUCCUGUGUGCUGAAAACCCUAAUGUGUGGGGUCAUAGGAUUAUUGAAAUACUAGCUCAGGAUAUUCUGAGUCAGAUAGGGCCGCUAGUAUUGGAAAUAAUCUGCUUUGUACUUGGAGCCUACCUUAAUUCACCCCCUGUGGAAAGUGAUGAAGUCUACAACACAAACCCUCCGUCAGUGUAUCAAAACUUUCCCCCUGUGGAGUCCGCACUCAGCCUACCUUUUGAGAUAACUGCAGACCCCCUGAGGACAGCCGUCACCCUCCCCCGGGACUCAGAUAACCAGGCAUACACGCCCCUUUUCAACGCCCCCCUGCAACCGCUCGGAUCUGAAACCUUUCAUUCCGCCAGAACUGCAGGCCGAUUUUGACACUUACAGUGCCUAUUUGGACGACUUCGAGUCCGUCCCAGACAUGCUCAUAUCGAGCCAGACAGACUCAGCCCCUAGUCCUCAGGUCGAGGGUGAACUAUCAGCACAGACUCUACGUGAGAUUCAGGUCGAUAUAGCACUCCUCACAGAUCCCCUCCUGACGAGAUAUCACCCCGAUCAGUCAAGCUAUUACCAGGAGGACCCCCACUGCUGUUAUUGCCAACUUUAUGGACACACCCACUGAAUAAGCUGGAGGGUCUCAUGUAAAUUGAUGCCGAUGUAACCGAACGGAGCUGGUGGGCAGUAACCCUCCGCAGAGGAACUGGAAAGGAAUAGCGAUCGCCCUUCUUGUUAUUCUGAUCAUCUGCUCACUGAUCGUCACCUCCGUCAUUCUGUUGACACCAGGUGAAGAUGACCAACUGGCUCUCAAGGGCAAGAUGACUGUUGCAGACCUCUUUAGAAAAGAAUUCAAGAUUCAUGACCCUAAUGCCAAAUGGAUAAGCAGUUGUGAGCUUAUAUAUCGUAAUCGUGAUGGCGAUGUUAUUAAAUUAAAUGUCGACACUGAUGAAAAGACCAUCUUGGUGCAUAAAAAGAAAUUUGAAAUGUACAAAGCCAGCAAGUAUGAGGUGUCUCCUGAUUUGAAGCAUGUGCUGCUGGCCUACAACGUUGCACCGGUGUACCAGCAUUCUUACACAGCCUUCUACAUCAUCUGCAGUCUGGAUACCCCGGCGACCUGGAACUUGAACCCUCCAGAGGUGCGAAAUGCUCAGCUGCAGUUUGCAGGCUGGGGACCCCAAGACCAGCAACUGAUCUUCAUUUUUGAAAACAACAUCUACUAUCGCUCCAGGGUAGAUAACCGCUCUAUUCGUUUGGUGUCUACUGGCAAGGAGGGCGUCAUUUUCAAUGGGCUCAGUGAUUGGCUGUACGAAGAGGAGAUUUUACAGUCCCAAAUUGCCCAUUGGUGGUCCCCUGAUGGUGCCAGGUUAGCUUACGCCACCAUCAAUGACACCCUGGUGCCCAGGAUGGAGCUGCCCAUGUUUACAGGAUCACCCUACCCAAUAGGAAAAGAGUACCACUACCCUAAGGCUGGUGAGGAGAACCCUGUUAUAACCUUGUAUGUUGUGAAUCUUAAUGGCCCACUUCACACCAUCGAGAUGAGGAGACCUGAUGAUCCCAGGAUGGGUGAGUACUAUGUGACCAUGGUGAGAUGGGCCACCACCACCAAACUGGCCAUCAACUGGCUGAACCGAGCCCAGAACAUCUCUAUACUCACUCUGUGUGAGGCCACAACAGGCGUCUGCACAAAGAAACAUGAGGAUGAAAGUGAAGGAUGGCUCCACAGACAGAAUGAGAAACCUCUGUUUUCCAGAGAUGGGCUGAAAUUGUUUUUCACCCGUGCCAUUCCUCAAGGCGGCAGGGGAAAGUUCUUCCACAUUUCCAUGUCCAUCUCCCAGCCCAACACCAGUACAGACACACUACAGUCCAUCACGUCUGGAGACUGGGAUGUCACCCAAGUCCUGGCCUAUAAUGAGGACAGCCAAUUGAUAUACUUCUUGAGCACUGAGGAUGGUCCUAAGCGAAGACAUUUAUACAGCGCGGACACCUUUGGUUCAUUCAAUCGACGCUGUCUGUCAUGUGCCUUGUCGGACAGCUGUGAUUACAUCAGUGGGUCUUUCAGCCACAACAUGAGCUUUUUCUUGCUCAACUGCAAAGGACGGGACAUCCCAUUUGUAGCUGUUUACAAGACACAGAGAGAUGGAGACAGUGAGAGUAUUGCAGAAGUACAUAACAUGGAGAGCAAUGACAACCUGAGGCUGACCCUGGACUCCAUGCAGAUGCCCACUGUGGAAUACAAGGAGAUCAACAUUGAUGACUACACUCUGUCAAUGCAGAUCCUCAAACCUGCCGGCUUCGUGGACACAUCACACUAUCCUGUGCUCCUGUUGGUCGAUGGGACACCUGGUGGUCAGACGGUGGCGGAGCAGUUCCACUUAGACUGGGCCACAGUGCUGGUGAGCAGCUUCGGAGCGAUUGUGGUGCGCUGUGACGGACGAGGUAGUGGCUUCCAGGGCACCAACCUGCUGCACCGGAUCCAGAAUAAACUGGGGUUGUAUGAGGAACAGGAUCAGAAGGCAGCACUCAAUUUUAUUUUGAAAGAGUCCUAUGUUGACAAAACCAGAGUUGGAGCUUUUGGAAAGGUAUAUGGAGGCUUUGUGACCAGCCGUUUGGUCCGGGGCGAUGAAUCCCCUGUAAAGUGUGCUGCUGUCCUCUCACCCAUUACAGACUUUGAAUUAUACGCAUCUGCAUUUUCCGAGAGAUAUCUUGGGCUGCCUAAACCUGAUCCGAGGGCAUACACAAUGGCAAAUUUAGCACACAAAGCAUCUCAGUUCAUGGAUAAGAAGUUUCUUAUAAUUCAUCCAACGGCUGAUGAAAAGGUUCAUUUCCAACAUACAGCAAAAUUCAUCAGCCAGCUCAUAAAUGAAAAGGCCAACUAUACGUUACAGAUCUACCCUGAUGAAGGCCACUUCAUUCACAGUGAGGCAACACAGCAGCACCUCAGCCAGUCCCUGGUGAACUUCUUCGAGGAAUGCUUCAGGCUACCAGAACGAGUGUUCGAGGAGGCCCUGGAAGAGGAGAGCGAAGAUGAGGGCUAGCUUUGCCUGAGGCUCAUGUGGCCCUAAUCCUUACUAUCCAUGCUACCUUACCUCCAUCCUGUCCCUGUGCCCAAGCACAACACUGGAAUACAAUUGUCCACAAUAUGCAACUCUUGUCUGUUCUCACCUAAUUGAUUAGUAUUUGGACACCCUGUGUCCGCAUUCUGAACCUGAGACUGCCGCUACAGCAGAUGACGGAUAUAGUCCCACAUCCAUCCUUUCAUCUUGAAAUCCAAAUGGCCCUUGAGAGAGCCAACAACAAAAUAAAAUGUACUGAUUGAUUAAACUUUACAGCAGGUUGGACUAGCUCCUUAAAAGCAAAGAAGACGGAGCAUCAGCUUUCACACAGACUUUCAAGCUGUGAGGACAAGGGACACCUUAUAGCACAUAACUUGUGGGCUUGUAUAUUAUUAAAAAUCAGACGCCAGGUGAAGAACACUGGUUAACAGUUCUCAGAGUGUCUGGAAUUGUCGCCAUACAGGAAAUGUUACUAUUUUAAAGUUGUCAAGAACUAUCAUGUUGGACUGUGGAUGUGUCUAUUGUUAUUACAGUUUGUAAAAUAGCACACAAACAUUCACUCGGAUAUUAGAGAUAUAUUUCAUUUGGUAUUCAUGUUUGCCCUGUUUUUCAUCUCGUACCCUCUAUUUUAUGUUUUUCAGUGAUGCUGGCAAUGUUUAACACUGUUUUGCAGUUUUAUCAAAUGUUUUUUUUCAAAAACAGAAGCAUCAACUUGUUUAAGUCACUGUGCCUUACUUUGUCAGAAAACAUUCAUAAGUGGGACGUAAUCUAUGAAAUAUAGGUUGUUUUUUUUAGGAAUGGUGUGUUUUUGGGAAGUAAACCUAUUAACUUCUUCUCGAGAGUUGGAAGAGAAAAUGUGUCCACUCUUAUUCAAUCAUGAAGCGUUACGACUAAUAGCAAGUGAAAACAGAGACUAGCUUGUGAAAAAAUUGAAAAAUCGCUCCUCUGACACUCUUUUCAGUUGUUCACUUAACCAAAAGUGUAAAAACUACAAGCUGUCAUUUUAUGGGACAUAAAUAAAAGUGGUAUUUAUCUUUUCAUCUAACUCUCAUGAAGAUAGUGAAUAUGUAUUAUUCCCAAAAUAGCAGCUGUUAUAUUAAAUGCAUAUGAAUGAAAUUGAUACUUCUUAAUGUUAGCUAGGCGUAAUUUGUGAUUGACAUACUGAAGGAAUUUUAAAGUUUCACAUACAAAAUAUUAACCAUUCUCUAGAAAUAUUCCCAAUGGUCUCAUGCCAAAAUGUACAGAAUCUGCAUGCAUCAUUGCUUAUAAGAUGUUUGGGAAUGGUUGAUGAAGGAAAUGUAUUAACCAGUACAGAAACAGCUGUGUUUUUAUUGAAAGUGCUUUCUCAUUUACCCUAGGUUUACAUGAGUACAGAAUAUACAUAUUUCAAGGUUGAUGGCAAGCCUGAGCAAUGUUAUAAUUAUAUAUUGGGGUAAAAUGGUCUAAUGCAGAAAACAGGGCUUACGAACUGAUACAUUCUGAAGUACAAUAUUUUUUUUAAUUUGAAUUCCAUUUGUGUUACGUUCCAGUGCAUGUAAAGAUUUUAUUUGCAGCCAGCCCUAUCCAUGAUAGCUCUGUUCCAGAUAGUCAUUUUGACAUUUUGAAGGUUCUUCACUGGAUUUCAUAAAUUACAUUUUCAGUGGCAUUGUGAUUGAGAUCCCAGUCUCGUCAGCUUGAUGUGUAAAUGUUAUUCAAAUAUAAUUUUAUUCUAAAAAGAGAAAAUAAACAAUAUUACCUGAGUGUUAUUGUGCAUAAAGCAUUUUGGAAGUUA